UGGCUCCAGGAGCUCCCUGCUCAGCCCAGCCGCACACUCCUCGCCUGCCGCUAUGAUCUGCAUGCCCACCGUCUGGUGCUCCGUCGCCCUAGCCCUGCUCCUGGCUCUGCACGAAGGGAAAGGCCAGGCUGCUGCCACCCUGGAGCAACUGGAGCCCUCGCCCCGUGCCCAAGGCGCCCACCUGCGGCUUCGCCGUUGCUCCUGCAGCUCCUGGCUCGACAAGGAGUGCGUCUACUUCUGCCACCUGGAUAUCAUCUGGGUGAACACUCCCGGACAGACAGCUCCGUACGGCCUGGGAAACCCGCCAAGACGCCGGCGCCGCUCCCUGCCAAGGCGCUGUGAGUGCUCCAGUGCCAGGGACCGCGCCUGUGCCACCUUCUGCCAUCAGAGGCCCUGGGUUGAGGGGGAGGCGCUCCCGGGCAGCCAGGCCCCUGCACACCAGUCCCAGACCGACAAGGCGCGGGCCAUCGCUGGAGGACUGCUCCGGAGGCUGAGGAACGUUUCUGCAGCCAAAAUCCACUUUGCUGAGCAGGAGCGGAUGGCGGUGAUGUGGCCCAGACCCACACCCUCCACGCGGAGGAAGAGAUAGUGCUGGACGAAAGUACAGAAGGAAGUCGUGUGGAGACAGGAGGAGACGGCUGCUCUGGGCUCGUGGGAGACCCUCUCCUGCCUCCUGGGUCAGGGCCCAGUCCCAGCCAGCCAGACCCGUUACUGGGAUCAGUGCAAGCUCUGGCUUCCUCGUCCUGGUGAGGGAGCCUCCCUCAUGGCAGCUCUGUGCCCUUGCACUACCCAGGGCCGCCCUCGGCGUCCAGACCGCAGAGCCUGGCUGCUGGCCUGCCGCCCUGCUGAGAAGUGUGUGGACAGUGUGCCACCCUGGUGGCUGCACCCCAAGACGUGUCCUACCUGUUGGGUUACAAACUGGAGUGACUGUGCCAUGUGGACACUCAGCCUGGAGGUUGGACAGGUCACCCCAAGGCCUGGCACCCGGCCAGCCCCCAUCUGCCCUCUCCAGCUCUGCCUCUCCAGAGUCCUCAAACCCUCAUACCCCGGGACACUCCUGGUGAGAAGGGCCUGCCCAGCUGCACUGUCUGUAUAUAACUUAUUUGCUCUGAGGACUUUGACAAGCCCGAUUAUUUAUUUAAUGUAUUUUUUUAAACUCUCAAUUAUAUUUACCUACAAAUGCAUGUUUGUA